AUGUCGAAAACCACAUUCGCGAUCUUUGCAGCCGCCGGAGCUGCUACUGGAGCUGGCGUCACUGCACUGCUCUACUCUUCCAGACCUUCUCGUGAACAGACUCCUACUUCUCUCGCCGCUGCAUCUCCCGCCCUUUCAGCCACAUCAGCCUCGCCGUCUAUCCAAGUUCCUCCUCCGUCCCUGGCAUCAAAGGCUUCCACUGCCGCUCCCGUUGACCCGUCCGGUCUGCUGCAGUAUGGCUUUCCAGGGCCUGUCAGCGACCCCAUAAAUAGUCUUCCGUUGGCAGGGGCUUAUGACCGCCGUAUGCGCAAUCCAUCUUGGGUGGCCGAACACAUCACUCCUUAUUCGCUUUCCCUGAAGAAUGGAGACCGCAAGCACAGUGCUUUCGUUGAAGACACCACAAUUCCGACCAUCUUCAGAGGGAAACUGUCCGACUACUUUCGUUCGGGCUAUGACCGGGGCCACCAGGUGCCUGCAGCCGACGCCAAAUGGAGCCAGGACGCAAUGGACGCCACAUUUUCACUGAGCAACAUGUGCCCGCAGGUGGGGGAGGGAUUCAACAGAGACUACUGGUCGCACUUUGAAGAUUUCUGCCGCAAUUUGACCAAGAAAUACCCCUCUGUUCGUAUCGUCACAGGGCCCUUGUACCUGCCCAAGAAGGAAGCAGAUGGUAAAUACCGAGUGUCUUACGAGGUCAUCGGAGAACCGCCAAACAUCGCCGUCCCCACUCACUUUUACAAGGUGAUCUUUGCUGAACACGGCACCGAUUCGACAGACAAGGUCGCCUUGGGCGCCUUUGUGCUCCCGAAUGCUCGCAUACCAAACACUCAGCCUCUGACCGACUUUGAGGUCCCCGUCGAAGCUAUUGAGCGCGCCAGCGGACUGGAAUUUGCUACCAAGCUGGAUGCUGCUCGCCGUCGACGACUGUGUCAGGAAAUUCGUUGCGAUGUUGUCGUCAGAGAGUUUAACAACUCGAAAAAGUCACUGCCUCCACCUAAACGAUGA